AUGGGUUCAGUGUUCCGGAUUCGGGGUUUAUGGGUUCAGUGUUCCGGAUUCGGGGUGAGUGCAUUUAGCACAUUAAACGAUAAUGAUGCUACUUCUAUGGAAAGUCUAUUCACAAAAAUGCAGAAGACCAGAUUUCCCCACUAUUCCGAUGACUUGUCCACCAAUUAUGACACUUCUAUGGAAAGUCUAUUUACAAAAGUGCAAAAGACCAAAUUUCCCCACUAUUCUGAUGACCUGUCCACGAAUUAUGACAAUUCCAUGGAAAGUCUAUUUACCAAAAUGCAGAAGACCAGAUUUCCCCACUACUCUGAUGACUUGUCCACCAAUUAUGACACUUCUAUGGAAAGUCUCUUUCCUCAAAUGAGAGAUGUUCAUCAUGAUGACCAUGACUACUUCCACCAUAAUGGUCGUCAUGAUCAUCAUGAUGAUGGUUAUGGUGGUCAUAAUGACAGCAUGUCUACCCUUUCGAGCAGUGUAGACACUAUUUUUAAAAAAGAAGGAAUUCGUACAAAUUAUAACGCCUCAUACAAGGCACCACAUAAAACACUCUAUGAAGCACUACAUAAAGUCCCAUAUAGAGCCCCACAUGAAGUGUCAUAUAGAGGCCCACAUAAAGUCCCAUAUAAAGCCCUACAUGAAUUCUCAUAUAGAGCCCCACAUGAAUUCUCAUAUAAAGCCUCACGUGAAGUCCCAUUUAGAGCCCCACAUAAAACUCUCUUCGACGCACCGCAUAUGGCACGAUAUGGACGAAUGAAAAUUCGACCUAGAGGAUUUUUUAAUAAAUUGCUAUACAAUAUAGAGAAAAUUAAAAGAACAGGAGCAUUGUUAUCCCCUAAGGUAAUUCGCAUAUCGCUCUUAUAUAUAUUAGCUCUGUUCUGUAUAGGUUUGAUUGUGGUUCUUUCUAUAGGUCCCCAAGCACCUUUUGCAUGGACGACCUGUGGUAUCGCAAUUUCUGUAUUCAUAGCAUGUAUAUAUUCUAGUGUUCGUAUUGGAAUAAAAUAA